GGGGAGUGGAUUCGGAGCUGUUGCCAGUGCGGGCGGCGUGGCCUUUUGCAACGAAUGCUCGCGUGCUCCGAGGCGGGCAGCCCAGAGAUCGCUUGGUGGUGUGCCUGUGCCUUUUGGGGAGGAGGGGGAGAAAAAAGUGCAUGGGAUUUUUUCCUGGCUUCCUUUUUUGCAGUUGCAUGGAAAGCGGAAGGAGCCGCCCGAGAGACACACACACACACACCCGGAGGAGAAAUCGGAAUUUGGCUGGCAGUUUGGUGGCUGCGGAGAGGCCGGAGAGGAACAAAAGCCAGCGAGGGGGCAGGCGGAGGAGGCGAAGCCAGCGAGGCGGCGGCGGCGGCGGCUGCUCCUGCCGCCCUUUCCGAGUGGCAAGCCGGGGAGCGCCGGGAUCGGGGCUGCUGCGAUGAUGGCUUUCAGGAUCCUGGCCUUGCCGCUCUUGUAGAUGUCGAAGCCCUGGCCUCACCCCGCUGACCGGGACAGGAACGGACCCCGGGCCCCGGCUGCUGAGUGCUUUGAGGGACCCACGAUGCCCAGCCACUCGUAGGGCUGGAAGAGGCUGCGUCUCUGUUUCCGGGACUGCCCCGUUGCCUGCCACCAAGUUGGUGCCCCCCUUUUUCUCCUAAGACGAGUCCAGCCAGCCGAUCAAAAUAGAGUCCCUCAAGGUGAAAGUUGACUUCCUGAAGGUGCCCCUCGGCCUGAAGAAGCCUACUCUCAAGGAGGCCGCCGCGGCUCUGGCGGCUGUCCCAGGACCAGGGAGACCCAAGUCCAUCAGCGUGGACCGCUAUAAGGCCCGGCGAUCCGACAACAUGGAUAACGAGUCUCAGUAUUCGGGGUAUUCGUACAAGUCGGGGCAUUCACGAAGCUCUCGGAAGCACAGAGAUCGCCGAGAACGGCACCGCUCCAAGAGUCGAGAUGGAAGCCGAGGGGACAAGUCUGUGACCAUCCAGGCCCCUGGCGAGCCCCUGCUGGACAAUGAGUCGACCCGCGGAGACGAGAGGGACGACAACUGGGGGGAGACCACCACGGUGGUGACGGGGACCUCGGAGCACAGCAUCUCCCACGAUGACCUCACCCGCAUCGCCAAGGACAUGGAGGACAGCGCCCACCUGGACUGCUCGCGCCACCUGGGGGUCUCCUUGGCGGGGGCCCUGGCCCUCCUCUCCUUCCUCACCCCCGUGGCCUUCAUGCUGCUGCCCCAGCUCCUCUGGGGGGACAAGCUGGAGUCCUGCGGGACCCCUUGCGAGGGGCUCUUCAUCUCGGUGGCCUUCAAGCUCCUCAUCCUGCUGCUGGGCAGCUGGGCCCUCUUCUUCCGCCGGCCCAAGGCCUUCUUCCCCCGCAUCUUCGUCUUCCGGGCCCUGCUGAUGGUGUUGGUCUUCCUGCUGGUGGUCUCCUACUGGCUCUUCUACGGCGUCCGCAUCCUGGACUCCCGGGACGCCAACUACCAGGGCAUCGUGCAGUACGCCGUCUCCCUGGUGGACGCCCUCCUCUUCGUCCACUACCUGGCCGUGGUCCUCCUUGAGCUGCGCCAGCUCCAGCCCCACUUCACCCUCAAGGUGGUGCGUUCCACCGACGGAGCCAGCCGCUUCUACAACGUCGGCCACCUCAGCAUCCAGCGUGUUGCCGUUUGGAUCCUGGAGAACUAUUACCACGACUUCCCCGUCUACAAUCCUGCCCUCCUCAAUCUGCCCAAGUCGGUUCUCUCCAAGAAGAUGUCGGGGUUCAAGGUGUACUCGCUUGGCGAAGAAAACACGACCAACAACUCCACGAGCCAGUCGCGGGCCGUCAUUGCCGCCGCCGCACGGAGAAGAGACAACAGCCACAACGAAUAUUAUUACGAGGAAGCGGAGCAUGAGCGCCGGGUGCGGAAACGACGCGCCAGGCUGGUGGUGGCGGUGGAGGAGGCCUUCACACACAUCAAGCGCCUGCAAGAGGAGGACCAGAAGAACCCGCGGGAGAUCAUGGACCCCCGGGAGGCGGCCCAGGCCAUCUUCGCCUCCAUGGCCCGGGCCAUGCAGAAGUACCUGCGGACCACCAAGCAGCAGCCUUACCACACGAUGGAGAGCAUCCUGCAGCACCUGGAGUUCUGCAUCACCCAUGACAUGACGCCCAAGGCGUUCCUCGAACGGUACUUGACCGCCGGGCCCACCAUCCAGUACCACAAGGACCGCUGGCUGGCAAAGCAGUGGACUCUGGUCAGCGAGGAGCCCGUGACCAAUGGCCUGAAGGACGGGGUGGUCUUUGUCCUCAAGCGCCGUGACUUCAGCCUGGUGGUGAGCACCAAAAAGAUCCCCUUCUUCAAGCUCUCGGAGGAGUUUGUGGACCCCAAAUCGCACAAGUUUGUCAUGCGCCUUCAGUCGGAGACCUCGGUGUGAACUGAAGCCGGGGUGAGGGGCUCGGAAGCCUGGGAGUAGCCGCCUUCUGUGAGGGCGAGCCUCCGUCUCUCUGGGGGGUUUGGAAGAGGCUGCCACAUCGGGUAGGAAGCCUUGCUGGCUGGAGGUGUUGACACCUGCGUCUCUACUUCUUCUGGUGCUGACCUUGACCACUCCGAGUCUCCCCUUCCCUCCCAGAAAUCCACCGCAAUGCCAGCUUUUGGGGCGGAAGGAAGAAUGCCCCUCCUUUCCUAUUUCUCCCCACCGUUUCCAUGCUCUCAAGUUCCAGUUUUUUGUAGCCAACCUUCCGGAAGCUCAGCGUGCAGAUGGGAAGGAGGGUGCACCAUCUGGCGCCCCUUCCCCAGAGGAAAAAAUUGGAAGUUACCGUGCCAAAUUGUAAGGGCUAAUUCUGUUCACUGAUGUCACCAGCAUCUCCCAGUGCAGUCAGGUCUGAGGAACCUUCUGGAAUGUCUUUUUUUUUAAAAAAUCCAAUAAAAACCAACUAACCUCACAGUUCUGGCCUUUGACACAUCUCCCGAUGCUGCUCGUAGUAUCUCUCUCGGGCUCCGGACUCUUGACGUGCACAAAGGAGACUUGAUCGAGUGUUCAUAAAAGAGACCCACCUGACAACGGUAGGCUGUCGCUGCUAGUUUCUUCCAUCACAGUGUGGCGCAUGGCUGGCCCUCCUGGUUUCUUGCAUGUCUGGCACACAAACCACCUCUUCUGACCUCUUCCGGUGUCCCUCUGUCCUCCUCACGGCUGUAAAUGCAAAAAAGAAAAGACUUCUUGGGGUUUCUUUGGGAGCGGUUAAAAAAAUUGUGAAUUUUCUUUUUCUAAGAUGCAAAUUUCUGUACUUUUUAAAUGAAAUCCUGUGUGUUGUAAAUAUUUGACUUUCUUUAGGACGACCGGAACGGUCACUGGACCCGUCUCCUUGACUUCCCUGUGGUGUGAGCCCUGUUGGGUGACGUCCCGUAAGGCCCGUGGUGUGAAAUGCCUUCCAGGAGCCCGAUCCACAGGGGGCUUCUCCUGUGGAUCGGAAUGGCAGCUGUGCCAGAACCUUGGCACUCCCUUUCGGUGAAACUUCUGGAGGAGAACUGCUGGGUGGAUCUGCUGGGUAGUUCAGCAGCACCUGAUAAAAUACCAUGAAUUGCAAAGUUUGAAUUGCAAUUGCCUCCCUCUCAAAUGCCUCCCUCUCUAUCUUGACCCCCUCCCCCCCCAAAAAAAAAUCCCAGGAAUUUUCUUCCUAUCUCUAUCUUUGUUUUAAAAGCACCAGGUACGUGGUUCUCUGAUGGUGGGUGUCUGCGAGUGUCAGAGGUGAGCCAUUCAUGGGUUUCUCCUUUGGGUAGCUGGCCUCCUUCUCGGAAGACCUCUAAGGCCCCUUCCAGCUCUAGAAGUAUAUGAUUCUGUGGGCAGUUUCCCUCCGCCUUCCUCCUUGAAGAGCUUUGGUGGGAAGCGAGAGUUUCUCGAAUAAUCCAGCUGCCCACCAGUUUCGGGGCAAAGCUGCCAGUGCUACACCUUACCUAGAAAAGACCCCAACUGGGUUCCCCCUUGUAGACAAGGGCUUUUGAGCUCUCCACCAAGACCCACGGGCCGUUUACGGCUCCCACCGGCUUCCCAUGAUGCCUUGGAGAAAUCCACAAUGCCCUUAGCUGCCAUAGCUGACCAGGAGUAACAGCGCCCUGAUUAGCUGGGGGCCUCUCUUGUCAGUUUGGUGUCCUGAAUGUGGACUUGUCCCGUUUUGCUAGGAAGAAGGGCCUGCUUUUGGUUACAGGAUCCUUCAGGAGUUAUUUUGCUUCUGCAGGGGGUUCCUUCUAGGCCCUUUCGGUUUUUAUCACAUAAAAAAAAAAAUCCUUAAAAAAAAAAAAAUCAAUCUCGAGAAGCAUUCAGGUUGCUGGGAAAGUGUCUGCAACUUUAGUGCUUGCAGGG